CCGCCCUCACGCUCUCUCACGCUCCCUCUCGCUCGUACGCGAUAAGCUUCGUAGAUAAAGCUAUCGAUAAGGGGGAUAACGGUUAUCAUUAUUUUUUGAGGUCUUGAGUGAAGCAGUGUUCUGCAAGCGAGAAGAACAUUAGAGAAAGGGGAAGGAUUUAGUAGGUAUUAUUUUAAUAUCGUUGAUAUUUAAGAGAGAGCGAGAGGUGGAAAAAAACAAGAAAAUAUUCGUAGUUAUGGUCGAUCGAUGAGUGAGUAAUAGUGUCGUACCGUAUCCCCUUCGUUCGUGUUCGUUCGUCCGUGUGAGAAAAAAAAGAACAUAAGAACAUCACAAUAAAAGAAAAUAUAAACAGUGUGAUCAUAACCAUGACCAAAAUAACCGUCUUCACAACUUUAUAACAACUGACAGCUUACGCGACACACUUAUAAAAAAGUACACACAAAUAUUCAACGCAAGUGAACAGAGCCACGCAAGGAAUAGAACGAGUGAAGAACAAUACAUAUAUAUAAAAGCAACAGCGAUGGAAUCUUACAGUUCGCCCGCAGUUGUCUAUCGAAGCUCUUCACUCUGAUUGGCAAACUGCUUGAGAAUGUGGACCGUGCAUGUGCUUGCCUUGUCUGCGCUGUUGACCUCGGUGUCAGGUCAGCUGGGAGACCGACCUUUGACCUCCGAGGGAUCCAGGUCACGGGUGGACACUAAGAAAGUUGGCUAUGAAGAGGACGACCUCGGCGCGGGAGCCACGUCCUGGAUGGUGGAGGCCGACGUCUUCAGGGUGUGGAGGCCGAGGUACUGGCUCGCCCUCGAGGACACGUUCCUGGGAUGCCUGGCACACAACCGGAUUUAUAAUGGCACCGUCAUGCACGUCAAUCUGACCGAGAUAGGCAAGUUGAACAACGGUCAAGAUCGGGACCAAGCUUGCUAUCAGCUGUGCCAAAACAAGAUGGCGUUCGCGGGUUUUAUUGCGGUUAGUUACGGAGUCGGCGGGUUGAUGGACCGCUGCGGUUGCCACUACGAGUAUGACCUGGAUUUUAUGUUUGAGGAGGACGACGGGACCUGCGACGGCAGCAUGUCCCACUCGCGGAUCUACUGCGGCCCCGGGAACAUCGAGUGCUUCAGUCGAGCGGGAGGACUCGGAGGGGGAACACCUACGUGGCUCCUCUCCCUCGCUCUCUUGAUCUCGAGCGCCCACUUUUUCGGCUUUUCAAGAUGAUGGUGAAAUCUACGCCCAUACGGAGCAGGGAUUCAAGGGUAGCUCUGAUGAGAACAAGGAAUAAAUAAAAAAUUCAGACUUUACGUAAACUUAUAUAAAUGAAUAUGCAGAUACCCAGUUAAGUGUGUGUGU